AAUAUUACUUCUCUCUCACGCCAGCGCCAACCGAUGGCCGAGCCUUCUCAUGCUGCCAGAGACACUCACGUCGCCGUCCUCGCCUUCCCCUUCGGCACCCACGCGCCGCCUCUCCUCUCCGUCACGCGCUGCCUUGCCGCCGCUGCACCUGCCGCUCGUUUCUCCUUCUUCGGCACCGCCCAAUCCAACUCCGCCUCCGUCGGAGGCGACGGUUUGCCGGCGAAUCUGAGGACCUACGACGUUAGCGACGGAGUACCGGAGGGGUACGUAUUCACGGGAAAGCCACAGGAGGCGAUCGAGCUGUUCCUGACGGCAGCGCCGGAGAGUUUCCGGAGAGGAAUGGGGACGGCGGAGGCGGAGGUCGGCCGGAGAGUGACGUGUCUGGUGACGGACGCGUUCUACUGGUUCGCGGCGGAAAUGGCGGCGGAGAUGGAAGCCGUUUGGGUGGCGUUCUGGACGGCUGGGCCCUGUUCCCUCUCCGCCCAUCUAUGUACGGAUCUCAUCCGACGAACCAUCGGCCUCCAAGAGGUGGAUGGACGCAAAGAGGAGAAGCUAGGGUUCAUCACAGGAAUGGAGAAGAUGAGAGUGAAGGACUUGCCAGAAGGAGUUGUGUUUGGAAACCUCGAAUCCAUAUUUUCCCGUAUGCUCCACCAGAUGGGGCUGGCCUUACCAAAAGCAUCUGCCCUAUUCCUCAACUCUUUUGAAGAGUUAGACCCUCUUUUAACCUCAACCCUUUCCUCAAAUCUCAAUCGCUUUCUCAACGUCGGCCCUCUCCCCCUUUCCACCCCUCCUAAAGUCUCGACACUCAAUGACACAUACAACUGCUUAGCCUGGCUAGACAACCAAGCCCUCGGAUCAGUGGCCUACAUCAGCUUUGGCACGGUCAUGACACCACCGCCCAGCGAGCUACAAGCCAUGGCAGAAGGCCUGGAAGCGAGCAGAGUGCCAUUCAUAUGGUCAUUGAAGGAUAAAGACAGGGCUCAUCUACCGAAGGGCUUUCAAGACAGGACAAGAGAACAAGGGCUGGUGGUGCCAUGGGCACCACAGGUGAAGGUGCUCGAACACAGAGCAACGGGUGUGUUUGUUACACAUUGUGGUUGGAACUCGGUGUUAGAAAGUGUUGCAGGAGGCAUACCGAUGAUAUGCAGGCCGUUCUUCGGGGACCAGAGGCUGAAUGGGCGGGCGGUGGAGGCCGUGUGGGAGAUCGGAGUGACCAUUGAUGGUGGAGCCUUUACAAGAGAUGGAUUCGUCAAAUGCUUAGAUCAAAUUCUUGGACGUGACAGUGGGAGGAAGAUGAGAGGUAAUGCUAAGAAGCUCAAAGGACUUGCCCAUGAGGCUGUCUCAGCAAAUGGAAGCUCUACACAGAACUUCAAAGACCUGUCGGAAAUAAUUGUGAUGUAACAUAAUUCAUAUGAAAUAAAGAACUUUGUAUUAAUGUUUGAAACAAAAAAUUGGAAUAAGCUGCACAACCA